AAAAAAGUGGUAUAGAGAAGAGAGGAAUAAAAGGAAGAGAAAGGAAGGGAGAACAGACAAAGAGAGAAAAGGAAGCAUAGAGACGAGAGGAAUAAAAGAAGGAAGAGAAAGGAAGGGAGAACAUUAGAAAGCAUCGAAACUGACACUCAAGAGAACCAACUAUCAUCAUCAGCAGCAUCACCAUCAUCAUCAUCAUCAUCAUCAUCAUCAUCAGCGAGGACACGAGGACAGACUAGAAAUUGAUGUUAACCGGUGUGAUGGCGCCUGUACCUGUCUCGGUCCUCUACCUGGCGAGCUUGGUGGCCGCGGCAGGAGGUUUCGCGCCCAGCAUUGAGGUGCCGCCGCCCACUUCGCAGCCGCCUGCCAGCUCGACAGUAGACGCGGCGCUCCUCCCUGCCUUCCUAGCUCACGACAAUGCCACCGUCACCAUGCACGCCGGGGAGACCGCCACGCUGUCCUGCCCCGUGGUGCGAGUCGGCGACAAGACGGUGUCGUGGAUAAGGAUAAAGGGGCAUGACGUCCACAUCCUGACGAUUGGCUUCCAGAAGUACCACAAUGACAACAGGUACACGCUGAAAUACGAGAUUCCCAACAACUGGAAACUACAGAUCCGGAACACACAGAAGAGGGACGAAGGCUUGUACGCGUGUCAGAUCUCCACACACCCUCCCAGGAUUAUGAGGGUGUUCCUGACUGUCCUGGUGCCUGACAUCGAGGUGCGAGACCCCCGGGGCGAGGCGGUGAGCGAGGCUUACUACAGGGUCGACUCCACGGUGGGGCUGCAGUGCGUGGUGAUGCCCGUGCCACCAAGCCGCCCAGUGCUGUGGACUCGUGAGGGACGCCCGGUCACCACCUUACCACAGCUGGGCAUCAAGGUGGACACUUCGCCUAUGGGUUCCGGCCUCAGCUCGUGGCUCCACAUCGCCCGCGCCUCCGUCAGCGACACCGGGAACUACACCUGCACCGCCGGGGACACCGUGACGGCAGGUGUUCGCGUGCACGUGUUGGAUGGCGAGAGCUCAGCGGCUAUGCAACACUCCACGACAGACGAUGGCCUUCCUACGACUCGACCAGCUCCUCUUCUGCUUCUCCUAGUCACCUACGCCAUCCUGUCCCUUACUUAGAAAACGUGGGCGUGAUGCUAAGGUACUACUGAGCUAACUUGACGAAACUGGACCCUAGGCUAAAGGUGGCGGUUAAAAGACAGGCAGAAGGCAAGGAAAAGAAGAGGAUGAAUGGGAGGAAGGAGUGUGCGUGAUAUGACAUGAAAAAUGGGACAGUCUGGGGUUCGCUUGAUGGAAAACGGAGGAGUAGCCAGCAGUGGAGAAUGUGUGGAGUAAUAUCAAGAAAGAAAUGGAGAAAUGUUUGGAAGUAUGAUAGAGAAUGGGUUGGUAUCUACGGGCAGGUUAGGAAUGUAAGGUGAUAAGAUGGAUUUUGAUGUGAUUGGAGAAAAGGAGAUGAGGAUUCAGAGCAAGAUGUUACAAGAGACAAAGAAUUAAAGGAAAAUGAAGACUAUAAGAAGAAAAAUGAAGUGGAGAGAGAAAAAAAAAUGAUAAAGGUUAGGAAUGAAAAAUGAUAAAGUGGAUUUGGAUGUGAUUGGAUAAAAGAAGAUGAGGAUUAAGAGUAAAAUGUUAUAAGAGGCAAAAAAUCAAAGGAAAAUGAAGACUAUGAAAAGAAAAAUUAAGUGGAGCAAUAGAAAACUUGAUAAAUUGAAUAAAUGGAGAGAAAACUGCAGGCAACUCGCUCCAAUAUAAAAAGGAGAGGUGUAUGAACUUGAGGGGAAGAAAAUGUUGGACAGAAGUGCAAAGAAAACGGAAGCAGUGAUAAAUGGAAGGUCGUUAAUCAAGGUUGCUUAUUUUUCAGGAAACUUCACGUAUCAUAUUUUUCUUCACGUUUACUUUGGCUUUGAUCAAAAGAAUGACAUAUUUACUCAGCCAUAUAUUGAUUGCCUUAACUAUAUUUCUGUGUCAUGUAAUUCUCUCUCUCUCUCUCUCUCUCUCUCUCUCUACAAGUGUGUGUGUGUGUGUGUGUGUGUGUGUGUGUGUGUGUGUGUGUGUGUGUGUGUGUGUGUGUGUGUGUGUGUGUGUGUGCGUGCGUGUGUGUGUAAAUAUUGACACGACACUCUUUGUAUACCUUUCUCCUCCUAUUUUACAUUAUUCAUUUUGACAACACUUCACCAUCCAUCUGGUACUCUCACAUACACACACACACACACACACACACACACACACACACACACACACACACCUCAAGCCCACAAUUCAGCUUCAUUUUUCACGUUAGUAAUGGUGUCUGAGGUGAGUAACGCUAGAACCAACACGAAGGAAGAGUUACUAGCAAAAAUUGAGUAUGUUAGUUAGUGGAAGUGUGGAGGUGGUCAAGUCGUAAAGAAAAUAAGAAAGUAAACAAAUCAAUGGUGAAAGACGUGGUUAGACAGAUGAGGAUGUAGAGAUAGACAGAGUUAGACAGGUAAAUACUUAAAGACGUGGUUAGACAGAUGAGGAUGUAGAGAUAGACAGAGUUAGACAGGUAAAUACUUAAAGACGUGGUUAGACAGAUGAGGAUGUAGAGAUAGAUAGAGAUAGACAGGUAAAUACUUAAAGACGUGGUUAGACUGAUGAAAAUGUAGAGUAUAGAUAGAUAGAGAUGAAGAGGUAGGUACGUAGAUAGAUGGGCAAGCAAAUAAGUAGAUAGAUAAAGAGGGAAAGACAGGUGCGUGUAGGGAAUCAAUAGUUGGAUAGAUAGAUAGAUAGAUAGAUAGAUA